AUGCAGACCGCAUCUAAAGAAACAGCAGCGAAGUCAAGUCUAUCUCGACCGUCCAACCCACGCCGACAACCGCCAACUUCCCAACAACUUUCCUUCUCCCUUCCGACUCAAGGAAAGACAGCAGCAGCUUUUCCCCAAUCCCUUCCGUUGUCUGCAAUUAUGGCUGCUCUCAACAAGAUCGCGGCCAACAGCCCUUCGCGGCAGCAUCCCUCCGAGCUCGAGACCGCUAUCGCCGGUGCACUCUCGGACCUGGAGGCCAACACCCCAGAUUUGAAGGCUGCCCUCAGACCUUUGCAGUUUGUCUCUGCCCGUGAGAUCGAAGUCGGCCAUGGAAAGAAGGCAAUCGUCAUCUUCGUUCCAGUCCCUCUCCUCCAAGGCUUUCACAAGAUCCAGCAACGCCUCACCCGUGAACUUGAGAAGAAAUUCUCCGACCGCCACGUCCUGAUCAUCGCCUCCCGCCGCAUCCUGCCCCGCCCUAAGCGCUCCUCCCGCUCGCGCUCCUCCCAGAAACAGAAGCGCCCCCGCUCCCGCACUCUCACCGCCGUCCAUGACGCCAUCCUCACUGAUAUCGUCUACCCUGUCGAGAUUGUUGGCAAGCGCCUGCGAACAAAGGAGGACGGCAGCAAGCUUCUCAAGGUCAUCUUGCACGAGAAGGAGCGUGGUGGUGUCGACCACCGCCUCGAUGCAUAUGGCGAGGUUUACCGGAGAUUGACGGGCCGUGGCGUUCGGUUCGAGUUCCCCCAGAGCAGUGCUACAGAGUUUUAG